AUGUUUCUUCGUUAUUAUGAACCUACAUCGGGCCGAAUUACGAUUGAUGGUCAGCCGAUAACAGACUACGAUGUUCACCAACUUCGACAAAACAUUGCAGUUGUUAAUCAAGAACCCGUUCUGUUUGGUACGACUAUCUAUGAAAAUAUUCGUUUUGGUAAAGUAAAUUCAACACGAGCAGAAAUUGAAGAAGCAGCACAAGAAGCCAAUGCACAUCAUUUUAUCAUGCAGUUACCAAAUAAAUAUGAAACACUUGUUGGUGAACGUGGUAUGCAGUUGAGUGGUGGUGAGAAACAACGUAUUGCAUUAGCUCGUGCUCUUGUCAAACGUCCUACAUUCCUUUUGAUGGACGAAGCAACAAGUGCACUUGAUAAUGUUAGUGAAAAACUUGUUCAAGAAGCGCUUGAUCGAGCAUGCAAAGGUCGUACAACUAUUGUGAUUGCUCAUCGUCUGACUACAAUUCAAAAUGCUGAUCAAAUAUAUGUAUUGGAUAAUGGAAGUGUAAUAGAGCAAGGUACACAUGAGACAUUGAUGGCAAAAGAAGGAGGAAAAUAUAAAACAAUGGUCAAACGUCAACAAAUGGAAAGAAUUGAUGAUGAUCAAGAUGAUAUGAUAAGCAUACAAAAAGCAACAGAAGACGAAGAAAAGUCAAUAUUUGAGCGCUCUCGUUCAUUUAGCGAUAGUCAACUUGUCGAUAUGCACAAAUAUACAGCUUUUGCUAUAGCGGGAUCAAAGUUGAUACAACGCAUUCGUUCGAAAGCCUUUGCAUGCCUACUUCGUCAAGAAGUUGCUUAUUUUGAUCGACCUGAAAAUAGUUCUGGUGCAAUUUGUGUUCGUCUUUCUUCUGAUGCAUCAGCAGUUAAAGAUAUUACUGGCUCACGGUUAGGAGUCAUCUGUGAAGCUACAGCACUAUCAUUUUUUGGUAUCCUGUUUGGAUGUCUUAUAAGUUGGCAAUUAACAUUGAUUGUUUUUGGUGCUGUUGUUAUCCAAUGUAUAGUCACAUCUUCUUGGAAACCUCUAAUACCAGCUUCAGUGACAUAUGGCAUAUUCUGGUCAUUAGAUACAUGGACUUUAGCAUUUGUGUAUUGGCGUGCUGUCAUUCUUAUUGAAAACAAUGAACUCACUUCGGAUCAUAUUAUAAUGGUCUUUUCUUUUGCUGUUUUUUCGCUACAAGCAUUAAAGCUCAUCGGACUGACAUCUAGACGUGUCGCUGAAUCAGUCUCAGCUGCUGACACAUUUUUUGAGUUAUUUGAUCGAAAACCAGCUAUUGAUAAUACAUCUACAGAAGGAAAAGAAUUGAUUGAUUUUCGUGGAGAGAUAAAAUUUGAUCGAGUCAAAUUUAUUUAUCCUACUCGAUCAACAUCUAUUGUUCUUAACAAAUUUCAAUUAAAUAUCAAACCAGGUCAACGUGUGGCUCUUGUGGGUACAUCUGGUUGCGGAAAAUCAACAACUAUUCAACUAUUGGAACGAUUCUAUGAUGUUACAAGUGGUCGAGUACUUCUUGACGGUGUUGAUAUCCGGCUACUAAAUCUUCAUUGGGUUCGUUCUCAUUUUGGUCUUGUUAGUCAAGAACCUAUUUUAUUCGAUUUAACAAUUGCUGAAAACAUAGCAUAUGGAUUAGAAAAUGUUCCAAUGGAAGACAUCAUUGAUGCAGCAAAGAGAGCUAAUGUUCAUCAAUUUAUUGAUCAAUUGCCUCAGGGUUAUGAAACAAUAGUAGGGAUGAAAGGCAGUUUCUUGUCAGGUGGUGAGAAACAACGUAUUGCUAUUGCUCGAGUUCUUCUUCGUCGACCUAAAGUAUUACUCUUAGAUGAAGCUACAAGCGCCAUGGACUCACAUAAUGAACAAGCAAAGGCUCUUGACCAAGCUCAAACCGAAGAUCCUACUCGAACAUCACUCAUUAUUGCUCAUCGUCUUUCAACUAUUCGUUCAUGUGAUUUGAUUUGUGUAAUUGAUAGAGGAUGUAUAGUGGAAAGUGGUACUCAUACAGAACUGACACAACGACGUGGAGUUUAUUAUAAAAUGCUUGCUCAUAAUAAUUUAAGUUGA